GUUUUAUUGCACAGCCACAAUAGAAAAAUGGAAGACACGAGUACAACAACUUAAAUAGGAACUUGUUCAUAAUCAAAAUGUUGUUUAUUUGCGGAUACGAGAUAACUUAGAGAAAAAAAUGACAAGUGAACUCAGGAAGAGUUAAAAAAAUUAAGUGAUAUUGAUUUGUAUUUAUAAUUCCAUGAGGGAAAAAUAGAUAUCAUUGAAACGAUAUUGAAAAGUUAGCAAUGUUUCAAUCUUCCCUUGAAAGAAUUCCUGGGAAAAUAAGACGAGGAUUUGUUUACCAAUCUUCCGAAGACAUCCUCCCCUCUUUAAGAAAAAGACAUGAUUCGCGCACCACUAAGGAAAAAGAAAAGAUUCAGCGCAGAGUUGUUAGACAUGAUCUGUGUCCCCCUUUUAGGGAGGAGCAAAGUCGGCCCGGAACACCCGUAGUUGGUACCAGGCUUGAACGAUAUGCAAGUGGUAAAGGCCGAAAAACACAAAUACCAUAUGAGACUUCUGAUAUGUAUGCUAAUAAUGGGAUGUACAAGAUGAAACAAAAAGGUUCAGCAACAAGCAGACGGGAAGGAUCUGGAAAACUAUUACUUUCUGCAAAGAGAUGUCCUACUCCACUCCCCAACGAAAAACCGCUCACAAAGUUAUGUUGGAACCAUCACAGAGAAUUAGUGGAAGAGGACGAUUCGGAUGAUGACAUAAUAAUAAACGAAAUGUUGGAUAUCCGGAGACAACAUGAACGUCAUUUUACAGCAUCUACCGUUCACAUAAACAAAAACAAUUUUGACGUUACACUGUCUGAUUUAGAAAAUGACCAAAGUCAUAAGCCUCAUGAUCCAGUGCAGCUGACGCAAAAAGUUUUACAGACACUGAGAAGUGACAAUGUCAAUAAAAACCAAAGGAUUGUACAGUGGUUAAUGGACUGUGAAGAAAAGAGCAAGUUCACGGGUUCACAACUUCCGUCACAUUUACCGGAUAUUAUGAUAAACGCUCGCCACGUUACUUCCGCCUCGCCUAGUAUGGUAAAAAGGAUUUAGGGAAUUAUGUUUCAAAAGAUUAAUUAUAUUGUCCAUCUUACUACUGUCCUGUACAAUUUGAUCGUCGUUUACUUAUAAUGGGUAACAAUUAUUGUUUAUCGUAGUACCAAGGAAGAACCAUUUAACUUCAAAGGGGGAGAUAUUGUUUUGUCGGAGUCAAUGGUUUUUUCAUAGCUAUCCGUCAAAUUAUUGUUUUCAACAUUUAACAAGAAGAGGGUUGGGGAAUUCUGGAAUUUAGAAUAAAUAUUUUUGUCAUCUGCUUGACCAGAUUAGUUUUUCCCGUCAAAUUGGAAAACCAUAACCCCCACCCAUCCCCUGGAAGUUAAAUGGUUGUUCCCUUUUGGACUACAAAAAGAAGUUUGUGUUGUGCUGCGUAUGAGACAUUGUCAGGUAGUAGGAAAUUUUUAAGAUAUUGAGUCCGUGAGAUAUUGUUUUCAAUAACGUCUAGAACUUUUAUGUCAUUCUAAAACAAACUCCAGUGGAUACAAGAAGAGUAUUAAAAUGACUAUUAAAUAAUAAAUAUAAAAAGUUAAUAUACAAAAACAGUCAGUAUGCAAUAACAAAUGAUAUCAUAUUCCCUUUAUGUACCUUUUUGUCAUACACGUCCUCCCUUCAUCUUUAGGGCAUUUGACUUUCCUGGUAAAGACCCCAGUAAAUCCAGAAAAAGCACUGCGGCUUCAAAACAUUUAUUAAGUUGGGUUUUUUUUCAAUUCAAAUUUCAAUGCAUUAAAAGAAUACUAAUUCGAA